CAAACUGAAACAUACAAUGUCUCCUUUCUUCCUUCCUCUCCUCCUCCUCCUCCGCAUAAUAACCGGGGCGGCCGCCGUGCAGCUCCGUCCCGGUUAUUACUCCGGGAUGUGCCCGGAAGCCGAAACCAUAGUCAGGGAUGUCAUGAAGAAGGCCUUUGCUAGAGAGCCCCGGAGCCUUGCGUCUGUCAUGCGCUUUCAGUUCCAUGAUUGCUUUGUUAAUGGGUGUGAUGCUUCUAUGUUACUUGAUGACACACCAACCAUGCUUGGGGAAAAGCUUUCUCUUUCAAACAUAAACUCACUGAGAUCUUAUGAGGUUGUUGAUGAAGUCAAGGAAGCCUUGGAGAAGGUCUGUCCUGGUGUUGUUUCUUGUGCUGACAUCAUCAUCAUGGCUUCUAGAGAUGCUGUUGCUCUGACUGGAGGACCAGAUUGGCAAGUAAAGCUAGGAAGAUUGGACAGCUUAACAGCAAGCCAAGAAGCCUCAGACAACGUUAUGCCUAGUCCAAGAGCCAAUGCAACCUUCCUCAUUGAUCUCUUUGCCAAAUUCAAUCUUUCUGUCAAAGACCUGGUUGCGCUUUCAGGGUCACACUCCAUCGGCCAAGGGCGGUGCUUCUCCAUCAUGUUUCGGCUGUACAACCAAUCCGGCACAGGCAGGCCGGACCCUGCUUUUGAACCAAUGUAUAGAAAAAAGCUAAACAAACUAUGCCCUUUGAAUGUGGACCAAAACGUGACUGGAGACCUUGAUGCUACUCCUAUAAUAUUUGAUAAUCAGUACUUCAAGGACUUGGCUUCCGGGAGAGGGUUUCUUAAUUCGGAUCAAACACUUUUCACAUUUCCGGAGACAAGAGGAUUUGUGAAGCAGUUCAGCAUUGAUCAAGAAGAAUUUUUCAAGGCUUUUGUUGAGGGGAUGAUAAAGAUGGGUGACUUGCAGAUUGAGCAACCUGGGGAGAUAAGGAAAAAUUGCAGGGUGGCUAAUCGUCGCGCUGUCGAAACAUUCUGGGAGUCUUGAAGGGAUCAGACUACGAUAUUAUGUCAUCUUCAAUAGCAUUAAUAAGUCUGAUAUGUAAUCAAAUUGUGGAAGGUUUUUAUAUGGAAAGAGAAAGUAGAGUGAUGUUGAUACUUGAUAGUAAACAGAACUCUUUUUU